AUGGCGCUCCCCGGCCCGGUUAGGCGUCAGCUGAAUUCCGCGACACGCAAUAUAUUAAUGGAUGUGAGGAGGACCGUGUCAGAUAAGGCAGGGUGUCCCGCAAGGCUAAGGGGAGAGGUUGAUAUUGUUUCCAGUCUACAGCUGCAAGCAUCACUGUACUUUAACUGCUUUUAUUUUCCCUUCUGGUGGGUCUGUGAUGUUGUUUCAUUACAAUUAAAGUAUGCACUUCUUCCUGAUCAUUACAAAUUCAUUUUGGUAACCCUACUCAUCCUGAUGUCUGUGAUUGAAGUUAUUCGACUUUUUCUUGGAUACAGUGGCAACCUGCAAGUAAAGGUUCCUGAACUGGCUGGGUUUUGGCUCCUCAGUAUCCUGCUACAGCUUCCUUUACUCCUAUUCCUCCUAUUUGAUUCAGGAGCAGAGCCAUUGCCCUUGGAGCGGGUAUCCCACGGAAUUCUGGUUGUGUUGUUGCUCUUUCAAAUCCCUGUGUCAUCACUCGCACUAAGGAGAACAACUAAACGUCUGGCAGGCAGAUUUAAUCAACUAGCAAACAUGGUAGAACAAGCAUGAAAUGGUGACACGCUUGACUAUUUACAACUGGGAGAAAAUGAUAACUAAUGCCUUUAUAGUGGAUAAGCAAUACAAUGCAUCUGAUAUUUUGAAAAGCACAUAUUUGCAUA